AUGCUGUGGGGGGUGGGCCUGGCGGCGCCGCGCUCCUGCGUGGCGGACCUGAGCCGCAACCGCAGCCUGUCGCUGGGCUGGUGCGCGGGGCCCGAGGAGCCGCCGCCCGCCUUCUAUGGGGGCGAGAUCGUCGCCUUCCCGCUGUCGGGCGGCGGCGGCACCAUGGCGGCGCUGGGCUCCGACUCCUGGUGGAAGAAGACGCUGUACCUGACGGGCGGAGCCCUGCUGGCCGCCGCCGCGUACCUGCUCCACGAGCUGCUGGCCAUACGGAAAGAGGAAGAGCUCGAUUCGAAGGAUGCUAUCAUACUGCAUCAGUUUUCAAGGCCUAGGAAUGGCGUUCCGAGUUUAUCCCCGUUCUGCCUGAAAAUGGAAACGUACUUGAGGAUGGCUGAUUUACCCUACCAGAACUAUUUUGAUGGAAAACUUUCCCCUCAAGGGAAAAUGCCUUGGAUUGAAUACAAUCACAAGAAAGUAUCUGGCACUGAGUUCAUUAUUGACUUUCUGGAAGAGAAGCUUGGAGUGAAUUUAAAUAAACACCUUGGUCCACAUGAAAGAGCUGUUUCCAGAGCUGUGACCAAAAUGGUGGAGGAGCACCUGUACUGGACUUUAGCUUAUUGCCAGUGGGUGGAAAAUCUUCAUGAGACGCAAAAGAUGGUUUCGCUUUUUGGCCCCUUCAGCGACUUGCUGAAGUGGAUCUUCUGCCAUCUGACCAAAGGAAUUGUGAAGCGGGAGAUGUACGGCCAUGGCAUCGGGCGUUUCUCGGAGGAGGAGAUGUACACGCUGAUGGAGAAGGACAUGCGGACUCUGGCAGGCCUCCUGGGUGACAAGAAGUACAUUAUGGGAUCAACUGUUUCCACUGUUGAUGCCACUGUCUUUGGACAUCUGGCACAGGCAAUGUGGACAUUACCAGGGACUCGACCAGAGAGACUAAUCAAAGGUGAACUGAUUAACCUUGCUAUGUAUUGUGAAAGAAUAAGGAGGAAAUUUUGGCCAGAAUGGCACCAUGAUGAUGACAACACUCUGUAUGAAUCUGAGGAAAGCAGCGAAGCAAGCAAGACUUACUCCCCUUUGCAGGACUUCAGUUUUUAUUCAAGGACAGAAACAUUUGAUGAGGAAGGGAACAGUAUUUCCCAAACCCCUGACACAGAUUACACUGGACAUUCCCUCUUUGACUCGGAUGUGGACAUGGAUGAGUACAGAGAUCAUGAACAAUGCAAGUGAGAUGUACAAGUGUCUCCCAUUGUGCAGAUAAGCUGUUUCUUGGGAUCACUCUGAUUUGUUUUCUCCUUCAGGUCAGGAAGAGGUUUAUACCACUUUGGAAUAGACCAUUGUGCUUAAUUCAGCUGUCACAUACUGCUUGGACUAUUUCAACCGUAUUUUGUUUUGUGUAAUUGUUCAGGUGGACCAAGGUAAACACAUUUAAAACACACGUGGGCAAACUGGAGGUCUAGAGGGCAGCAGGACCUUUCAACCUAUUUUUGUUCAAAACCAGAUCCCACAUCAAAGUGGGACGAACUUCUGGGAAGUGGAGCAUUUGUCACAACUGGUUUGUGUUGUUAUCUUAUCCUUACAGCAACGGGUUGAGGACAAAAAUGGAAGAGGUAUGACUGGCACAGUUUUCUUCCAUGGGAGAAGAUGAUGGAUGCUGUAAUGAA